GAGACUCCGGCGCAAGCUUUGUGAGGUUCAUUCCGGUUUGCUCCUUUCACGCAGCUGGUUUCAAGCACGGAGCCGGAACUUCGCUCGCUCGUGCCGCGCAUGAUCUGAUAUCUGGCACAGCCAAUUAUUCGGCAAGCCACUGCGCAUCAAACGUCUGAGAGAAGAGAUCGUACGCCUUCACCGUGCCUCGAUGUUGGUUGCGCGGCCAGCAGCAAAUCGCCUGUCCGACAAGGGCUGGGAGUUCCCCAUGACGCGGCGGGAGAAGAUGCACCGCGUGGUGCAGCUCUUUCAGGUGGAGCUUGAGACAAAGGACGCCGAGCUAGAGGAGCUCCGUGAGACGACUUCCUUGUCGAGCAUCGAGGAUGGCGAACAGCGAGGCAAGGGCGGCGAGACAGGAGGGCUCCGGAGAGUUUCAAAACUCGUCGCGCCAAGGCGCUUGCGGUGCGGUGCCGCGCCCGAAGCGCUGCAGCGCGGCUGCGGGAGGCGUCAGUGCCGCGCAGCCAGACAAGAAGGUCGCUGGCUUUCCGACUCUGAGUGAAGCGGAAAUAGCCCGCGCUGUGAUGCUUGACUCGAGCUUGAGAGUGCCAGACUUGUUUCUUGUGCUCGGCUUCGGCCGUGGUGGCACAAGACGUAACACCAGC